GAGUGGCAGGUCUUGGAACUGAUCGACAUCAACAAACAUUUCUCCCCAACACCCAGGACACACAACACAUGAUGCCACAUCUGUUGUGUGACUCCCAUGCAGUCUCGUAGGUCUGUCUCGUCCCCUGGCAGAAACUUUUAUCUAUGGUGUCAGUUUUAAUGAGACCGAGCAUCACUUUCUGUAUUGGCUUCACGCCAGAUACCACGGAGCUGUGGGUGGGAAUGAUCGUGGAUCUAUCCGUUUUCUUCUGUUGGAGCGCUCGGAACAGUGGCGGGCACAGCCUACACCGGUAGCGACGCUGACGCAGUCCCGCAAUAAGCGAGAAAAGUGUAACUGCCUCAAGACAGACAGAAUGCGUUUUCUGUUGAGUGUCCUGUACCCGGUGCUUUCAAUCACGGUCUUCGGAUUAUAUCCGUCAAUGACCAUCGGGCCUAAGGAGGGUUGGCAGGUGUACAGCUCAGCUCAGGAUACUGAUGGGCGGUGUAUCUGCACGGUGGUGGCUCCUGAACAGAACCUCUGCUCCAGAGACGCCAAGGGAAGACAGCUCCGCCAGCUACUGGAGAAGGUGCAGAACAUGUCCCAGUCCAUUGAGGUGUUGAACCUGAGGACCCAGAGGGACUUCCAGUACGUCAUGAAGAUGGAGAAUCAGAUGAAAGGGCUCCAGACCACGCUCAGACAGAUAGAAGACGACAGGAAGACCAUUAUAACCAGGAACUUCCAGGAGCUGAAGAACAAGAUGGAUGAGCUGCAGCCUCUGAUCCCUGUGUUGGAGCAGUACAAGACAGAUGCCCAGCUCAUCUCCUCCUUUAAAGAGGAGAUCAGGAACCUGUCCAUGGUGCUCACAGCUAUUCAGGAGGAGAUGGGGGCAUACGACUAUGACGAGCUCUACCAGAGGGUCCUCAGACUGGACAGCAGGCUGCACAACUGCAUGGGCAAACUCACAUGUGGGAAAUUAAUGAAAAUCACUGGACCUGUAACAAUAAAGACAUCUGGCACCCGGUUUGGAGCAUGGAUGACUGACCCACAGGCCUCUCAGAGAAACAACAGGGUCUGGUACAUGGACAGCUACACCAACAGUAAGAUUGUACGUGAGUACAAGACCAUGGACGACUUUGUAGCUAACGUGGUGUCUCGAACCUACAACCUCCCAUUUAAAUGGGAGGGAACCGGUCACGUGGCGUACAAUGGGUCCCUGUAUUACAACAAGUACCAGAGUAACAUCAUCGUCAAGUACAGUUUUGAGACGGGUCGGGUGCUGGCUCAGCGGGCUCUGGAGUACGCCGGCUUCCACAAUACCUACCCUUACUCCUGGGGAGGAUACUCCGACAUCGAUGUCAUGGCCGACGAACUGGGCAUGUGGGUAGUGUACGCAACCAAUCAGAACGCGGGAAAUAUCGUCAUCGCCCAGAUGGACCCGGACACCCUGGAAGUCCGGAAGACGUGGAACACGGAAUAUUCCAGACGGAACGCGGGGGAAUCCUUUAUGAUCUGCGGAACACUCUACAUCACCAACUCUCACCUGACGGGUGCUAAGGUCUACUACGCGUACUCCACCAAGACCUCCAGCUAUGAGUACACAGACAUCCCUUUCCACAACCAGUACUUUCACAUCUCCAUGCUGGCCUAUAACUCCAGGGAGAGGCACCUCUAUGGCUGGAACAACGGACACCAGGUGCUGUUCAAUGUCACUCUGUUCCACGUCAUCAAAACCCAAGACGACUCCUAGAGGACACGGGAGAUGAAAUGUCACAAGUCCUCAUAUGGACACCGUAGAAAUGACAACAGCAACUUUCCAAGGCAAAGCGCCAUCAUUUGUGAUAUAAAAAGGGACCUUGUUGCUUACAACCUUGUUCAUGUUUUUCCUCACCUCCUCCCUAAAGUGAACUGCUCUGUCAUUACGUUGCCAUUACUUGAAGAAAUUGCCCUUUUUUGUAUUUUCUGGGCCAGAACACUUGAGGUGACUUGAACACGGACAGAAUGUCAUAGAUCCUAUUUAUCCUCUCUUCUUCUUUUUUUAUUUUCCCAUCGCUGCUGAAAUAGGAGUUUACUGUAUGGCCUUAUUUACUGCUGUCUUUACGUUCUCUAUGAUCCUCUUCUUUUCCCAUCGCUGCUGAAAUAGGAGUUUACUGUAUGGCCUUAUUUACUGCUGUCUUUACGUUCUCUAUGAUCCUCUUCUUUUCCCAUCGCUGCUGAAAUAGGAGUUUACUGUAUGGCCUUAUUUACUGCUGUCUUUACGUUCUCUAUGAUCCUCUUCUUUUCCCAUCGCUGCUGAAAUAGGAGUUUACUGUAUGGCCUUAUUUACUGCUGUCUUUAUGUUCUCUAUGAUCCACAGGAUCUUGAUAGACAUGUGCAUGAAUGUCUGACAUUUUGUCUGCUGUAAUUUACGAUGAUACAGUGUAUUUUCAAUGUUUCUGUUCCAGAUGUCCUUCAGUUCUCACAGUGUUUGUAGUGACGUCUAUUUAAAGUAUUUAAACCUAGUUUGAGGUCCUCUCCAGAGUAUUUGCUGCCAUGUUACAUGAACAGUCUGAUUAUGGAAAACAUUGUGGUAACAAUUGUAUGUCUCUAUGCGAAAGCUAAGUAAAUAUUUUGUUUGUUAUAAAAUACUGUAUCAAAAGUG